ACCUACCUCACUUCAGACCACGACGACUGUCCUCGCAACCAACGGCCCUCCGUCCACCGCACGAUCCCAGGAUAGAAUCCAGCCGCACAAUAUGGCUACUCAGAGCGUGCAAUGCUUCGGCAAAAAGAAGACGGCGACUGCCGUCGCCCACUGCAAGGCGGGCAAGGGCCUUAUCAAGGUCAACGGAAGGCCUCUGGAGCUGGUGCAGCCCGAGAUCCUCCGCUUCAAGGUCUACGAGCCCAUCCUGAUCCUCGGUCUUGACAAGUUCGCCAACGUUGACAUCCGGGUCCGCGUCUCCGGCGGUGGUCACACCUCCCAAAUCUACGCCAUCCGCCAAGCCAUCGCCAAAUCCAUCAUCGCCUACUACCAGAAAUACGUCGACGAGCACUCCAAGAACCAGCUGAAGCAGGCCCUCGUCCAGUACGACCGUACGCUCCUCGUCGCUGACAACAGGCGGUGCGAACCCAAGAAGUUCGGCGGUCCCGGUGCCCGCGCACGGUACCAGAAAUCGUACCGUUAAACGGUGGGCUUUUUGGAAGGGGGAGUUUUACAAGCGUCUGGGGGUGGAAGUGGAGGCAUGGCGCGGGUGCGGAAAAGGCACAUGGAGGCAUGGAGUGGUGUUUAUCAUGGGCUUUUUAUGGGUCUCAUGGGUCUCUAUCUUCCGGGUUUCAAACAACUUCAUGCUGAGCGUUGGCGGGAUAGUGUCGCGGCCUGAAUGAUCGGCCAUGUAAAAACGAAUACAUUGGCUGCAUGACACACGACAUAUCUCGAAGAUAUGAUAUCUAGGAUCCUUUGGAGUGUCGUUGCUUGCCACCAAGGGAUGCAGUGCAAGUUCCAGAAUCCAUGUUCAUUAUUCGCUCACCAUUGCCAAGAAUACAGAGAGAAUACGGCA